CUGUCAACCCCACCUUUGCCGCCUUUGAUUUUGGCAUCCUUGGGGGGUAUAAAACUCAGAGUCUGGCAGGGAACUUUACUCCAGUGCACCAGUCCUGAGAACGUUCCAAUCCCCACAGCAGAAUGGGGACACUCUUACGACUCCUGGCCUGGACGCUGCUGUCUGUUGGGCUGACAGUUGGUCAAGAAGGACAACAAACCACUCCUCAGUCCGUGACUAUCAUCCCAACCCUGACUAAGAUACCACUGAUCUCAGGAGUGAGCCCUACUCACAAUGGCCGAGUUUGCAGCACAUGGGGAAACUACCACUUCAAGACUUUUGAUGGGGACGUCAUCCAAGUGCCCUCCACCUGUAACUUUGUCCUAAGCUCUCUGUGCAAGAGCGACUACGAAGAGUUCAACAUCCAGAUGAGGAGGCAAGUGGUGGACGGCCUGCCCACCAUCAGCAAGAUCACCAUGAAGCUGGACGGGACAGUGGUGGAGCUCCUCAAAGACUCAGUCCUCGUCAACAAAAUCAAGUGAGUACUGCAUC